GAUAUGAUGAUGACAACUUAACCCUUUGUUUGUUUGUUUCUUUCUUUCUUCUUGUCUAUAUAAUUCACACUCUUCAUCAAUAAUGUUAAGUUUUUACCCAUAUAUUCAUGGGACUUAGUAGCAUGAAGGUGCAUCAAUUCGCACGUGGUGCAGGUGGCUUCUGGGGUGACGAUGAAUCCUCCUCGUCUGCCCUCACCCUUGACGUCUGCAAGCGUUUGCACCCUCGACCUCUCACCCCUAAGCUCACAACUAGUGGUAGUUCUGAAACUUGUUUCACCAUGAACAAUAUUAGCGUUAGCAAUAGUAGUAGUAGUAAUAACCAUGCUUUCGAUCUUAAGAGCUUCAUUAGACCCGAAAGCUGUCCCAUUCAACUUGUUUCGCCCAACCACAAGAAAGAUUCUCCUCAGGUGGAGACACAUCCAGGAGGAACACGGUGGAAUCCAACACAAGAGCAAAUUGGGAUCUUAGAGAUGUUGUAUAGAGGGGGAAUGCGGACUCCAAACGCACAACAAAUCGAACAAAUCACUGCACAACUAAGCAAGUACGGUAAGAUAGAAGGCAAAAAUGUGUUUUAUUGGUUCCAGAAUCACAAAGCACGCGAGAGACAGAAGCAGAAGCGCAACAACCUCGGCCUUAGCCAUUCCCCAAGAUCAACCCCAGCCUCCACCAUGAUCAACUCCAUCUCAUUAAACCCCAGAGGAGAAGUAGUGGAGAGCCCAUACAAGAAGUGCAGAAGUUGGUCAUUUGAGUGCUUGGACAAAGAUCAUGAGGAAGAUAACAAAACCCUAGAGCUCUUCCCAUUACAUCCGGAAGGAAGAUCAAGAUGUUCAUGAAUUGAAGUGAAAGGAAAAAGGGUUUAAUUUUCCCGGAGUUCAUGGAUGGAUCCUGAAAUUCUUUUGGGUUAAACUUUCACUUUCUUUGCUUCGCUCUUUUCUUCUUUGUUUGGGGAAAGAAGAAAGACAAGUUGUAUCCUUGUACCCUCUCAAGAUCUUUAUGUCUUAUUUAUUUUGACUUUGGAAACCAAAGCGUGCUUUUAUCUUG